AAAGACAACGAAUUGAGGGGGAGGGUUCUGGAUUGUAAAUAGCGAAUUUAUUUCGCCGGAUUGUCUUGAACAACCAUGUACUGCUACUGUACUUUGGACUGAAAUUACCUCACUGUCAUGUCUGUAGCAUUACGCAUCUUUUCACCGUGGCGAUUUAUCAGGGCAGUCCAAGUAUCACAAAUUCCCACUCUGAAGCUGCACACAACUGGUUCUAUGAUGGGGGCGACGGUGGAGCAAUUCAACCAUGCCAAGAGUCAGAUGGGCAUGCUGAAGAAAGACCCUGGCAAUGAGGCCAAGCUGAAAAUCUAUGCUCUCUUCAAACAGGCCACUCAGGGACCCUGUAACACCCCCAAGCCAGGGAUGCUUGACUUUGUCGGCAAGGCCAAAUGGGAUGCCUGGAAGUCUCUGGGCUCUGGAUCUCAGGAAGAUGCCAGACAGCAGUAUGUAGACCUGAUCGACUCUCUCCUGGCUGCUGAGGGUCCUGCGGUAGCCACACAGCCCUCUGGGAGCACUGCCACCUUUGACACGCUGCUGGUCUCCACAGAGGACAACGUCACCACUAUUCGGCUCAAUAGGCCACAGAAGAAGAACGCCAUCACUGUGGAGAUGUACAACGAGAUCAUCAAAGCGCUGGAGGAAGCUGGCAAAGAUGACUCUGUCAUUACUGUAAUCACAGGUAGUGGAGACUUCUACUGCAGUGGCAACGACCUGACAAACUUCACCAAAAUCCCUGAGGGCGGGAUGCAGCAGAUGGCAAAAGAUGCAGGCGAGUUGCUGAGGGAGUUUGUCAAAGCGUUCAUCGACUUCCCCAAGCCCCUGAUUGCGGUGAUCAACGGUCCGGCUGUGGGCGUGUCCGUCACUCUAUUGGGCCUGUUUGAGGUGGUCUACGCCACAGAGAGGGCUACAUUCCACACCCCCUUCAGCCAGCUGGGACAGAGCCCAGAGGGCUGCUCCUCCUACACCUUCCCCAAAAUGAUGGGCAAUGCAAAGGCCAGUGAGAUGCUGCUGUUCAACAAGAAAUUGACGGCCGCCCAGGCGUGUGCCCAGGGCCUGGUUACCGAGGUCUUCCCCGACAGCAGCUUCCAAACCGAGGUGGCCACCAGACUGAAGGCCUAUGCCAAGCUUCCCAGAAACUCCCUAGCCCUGUCCAAGCAGCUGAUCCGUGGGACAGAGAAGGAACGGCUCCACUCUAUCAACGACAAGGAGGUGGAGCGCCUGGUGGAGCGCUGGCUCUCAGACGAGUGCAUGCAGGCCAUCAUGAGCUUCUUCCAGGCUAAGGCUAAGCUGUGAGGAAGAGAUCCACCCCUCCUCCUCCAGAGACCCACAGACAGAGCCCACGGAGCAGAGUGCCUAGCCUGAGUCGUGUUCAUUAGGUACCAAGCGGAAUAGAAAAAAAAAUUAACAGGGAGGGACUACCACUACCUGGUGUUAAAAGAAACGCUAAUCUGUUUUUAUUGCAAAACAUUUACAAAUGUAUUCCAUUGCGUGCCCUAAUGAGCAUGACCCACAUUUUACCAGCCUUGAGCAGAUGCCUUAUUUUCUACAGUUUUAUCAGAUGGUUUUGUAAAUUAAUUAUAUUAAUAGUAACACACAAACCCAUUCUGUAUAUUUUUAACCGUUGAUCUGGUUUGUUUUGCAUUUAACAUAUCUGGGCAUUCCCUGUUUUGAAACACCAGUGAAGGAAUGUAACUUACAUGGACUAAAGCUACCAAGGGGUGUGUAUAGUAAAUUGAAGGUGGGUAGUGCCUUAGUCCAAAAUGCCUUAGGACUGAACAAAUGCUUUGGAAUACCUUCCAAGAGGAAGUGUCUUGUACUGUCCCGUGGUAUUCUAUAUGUACUAAAGGAUUUGUGGAGAUGAUGACAUUGUUUCACACAUCCAACUAUAUCUGUUUUGAUUGCAGUAAUACAUUUAUUUUAGAUCAAAAUGUUUUUCAAUGUCUUUUUGUGACGAAGGGACAAUGAUUUGAGGAAGGGAAAAGGAUAGUGAUGGGUUGUACGAUGUCUGCCCUUUCACUUAGCAUCCUACAGAGGGCGUACUGCACCAAAAAAAAGAUAUAUAUAUUCAACAGCUCUUCAGCCUUCAUGCCAGAAAUGUGAGUUUGUCCUUUUUCAUUUGGAAGAUGAACUAUGGAAGUUUAUUUGCUAAUUGUAUACAUAUAUUUGGUUUGAAUGUUUAUACCUAAAUGAUAUAAUAUGAAUCAAUGUAUCUAAUGAAACCUGUAUGCAUUUUCUCAUGGGUAAGGGGAGGUGUGCCUUAUCUGUCCAAUGAGCUAAAUUCGGGACAGACAAUAUUUCUGUCCAUUUGGAGUGACCCCUUUUGGCCCAAGAGCACCCCAGAGGCGCAUUCCAAUACUUAAUUUAUUGACACCCUCCCCACUAGAUGGCAUAGGUUCUCUAUCCAUUGCAUUUGGUUUGACAGGCCAAUGCAGUGUACCUCAAGGCAUGAGAGAUUAGUACAUUUGUCUCUUGCAUGAUGUAUCAGACUAACACAACUGAGAGGGAAAAUAUAUCACAUCGUCCACACUGGGCUGUCCCUUACCUCUACAGCGGCCCUGCUUUGCGUGUCACACCUGGUUUGCUUAACCUUUCCCUGACCGAUAGCAGGUACAUAACAACCUGCUUUUGCCAAGCAAAACACUUGUAGCGAUAAAGCGCUCCCAAAGGUUAUAUUUACUAUCUAUGGGCUGCAGAGUCAAAUGGUUGUGAACGGAAUGGAUAUGGAACGUAGUAAAUUGGGUACAACACUAGUGUAACAAAACAUACAGUUUGAAUUAUGAUAGACUAAACUUGGGUAUUUAGAAUAAUGGAAAUUCAAACAAAUGAUGGCUGUAAGGUUGUACCACCCUUUCAAUAAAUCAUACCUUUCGUGAAAUCAGUCGCUUUGAAUGUAGCCAAGCCUGGUCAAAUAAAUAAGUGGUAAUAAAGAUAAUGGUGUUGG